AUGGAUACUUCAGAGGACGAACGUGCGGAGGAGAUCGAUGCACUCACCGCCAUAUUUCCCGAGCUUGACCUUGACGCGAACGACCGGUUUGCAGCGACUCUCGAAUUGCCAGUAGCUCCAGCAGAACCGCUCCUUGUACGCUUUAUUCCCACUCACCAUUCGAACGAUGCUUCUGGCUCGUACGCACUUGCCGUGAGUAACGCCAACGCGAACGCACACGUGGAGCACGAUGUGCGAUUGUCGUAUUUGCCUCCGCUCAGAUUGCAUGUGAAGCUGCCAUCCAGUUAUCCUGCGAAUGCGCCGCUCGAGGUGGAGCUAGGAACCGAUUUGGACUGGUUACCCAAAGACAAGAUCGAAGAAUUGAAAGCAGAAGCAGCGAAGCUAUGGGAAGAGUACGGCCAAUGUCAAAUCCUCUACACCUUCAUCGAUCACUUGCAGCAGGCGGCUGAGCGAGGAUUCGAUCUUGACCAGAGCUCGGAAGGGCUGCUUGUCCUGUCAGACACACUCGAGCCUACGCUUGUUGAGUUUGGCAGGCGCAAAAAGCGAGAGAUCUUCGAAGCCGGACAUUAUGACUGCGGUAUCUGUCUAGAGCCAAAGACGGGAAAGGCUUGCCAUGAGAUGGACGAGUGUGGGCACAUAUUCUGUAAAGAGUGCUUGCAGGAUACAUACAAUAAUGCUAUUACCGAAGGCAACGUUGCUGCUGUCCGAUGUCUUGAUCCCAGCUGUGGCAAAGCGACAGGCCGCAAGACCAAGAAACAGAGCCCAAUACAUCCUAGAGAGCUUCUCGCGACUGGUGUGGAGGAAGCCAUGGUGCGCCGAUACGUGGAUAUGAAGCGCAAAAAACUGAUCGAGGCCGACAAGAAUACAGUCUAUUGCCCCCGACAUUGGUGUCAAGCACCUGCGAAGUCAGACAAGUAUCCAACCAUUCCUGCCGAUCUGACUGCGUACGUCUUCAACGAUCCUGAUGAUGAUGGUCAAGAUGGAGUAGUGUCCAGCACCCCGAGCGAUACCAAGAACGUCGACAAGGCACCUCCAGAUCCUUCAGAUCGUCUUGCAAUUUGCGAGCAGUGUUCGUUUGCCUUCUGUAAGGUGUGCUACAAGGGCUGGCAUGGACAAUUCGCCCGAUGCUACCCUCGUGAUCCUAACGAGCUCAGUGCUGAAGAGAAGGCAAGCUACGAGUACAUUCAAGCGAACACUUCUCCAUGCGCACAUUGCAACGCACCAGUACAAAAGACUAUGGGGUGCAACCACAUGAAUUGCUUCAAUUGUAGAACGCAUUUCUGCUAUCUCUGUGGAUCUUGGUUGGACCCGAAUGAUCCAUACAAGCACUUCAACACACCUGGCAAACCUUGCUACCAACGCUUGUGGGAACUGGAAGAAGGCGACGAGGGACAGGGACCAGAAGAUGGAAGAGGUUUCGGUGGUGGUCGCGGCUGGGAACAGCUAGCGAUCGAAGCUGCGCGAAAUGCUGAGGAAGCUGAAGCUGAGGAAGCCGCCAGAGGCGCUCAGGCGGAAGAAAAUGCAGGUGCUGCGCAAGGUAGGCAUGAACCGCCACCCGCUCCAAACCAACCCAUGCCAAUCAUUGCACAGAUGGACGGCCUAGGCCUCGAUCAUGAUCGUAGAAACAUCGAUCCUGGCAUUGCAGGAGAAAAUGAGCCACCGCCCGCGCCAGUUGCUCUCGCUCCCCGUCGAGGUGGCCGCAGACAGCGUAAUUUCUUCCCAGCAAGACCGCCUGCGAAUGGAGUAGCAGCAGCGGUGCGGAACCACGAGCGUGCAGGGCGACGACAACGACGGCCGGCUGCCAACGCCGGCGACGGCAGACACGAUAUGAAUGAUCGCCAGCAAGAAGAGCUGCAACGAUUUCUCGAACUAGCGAGGAACGAUGAGGAAGACGGUUGGGACAGCGACGAGCUUGGAGACGACGAAGAAUUUGUCAUUAGAGACAGGCGAUGACCCUUGAUGUUUUUUUGUACAAAAAGAUAGAUACCCAUUCAUGCGGCAUAAGUAUGCCGCAGCCUCAAGGAAGGCGUACAAGUACGACAUUUUCGGC